UUUCGCUUUCUUUCCUGCAUUGUACUUCCCCCUUUUAUUCAAUAAAAGUUCCCCUUUUCAUUAAAAAAAGAAAAAAAAAGAAAAACAAAGAAGGAAAAGAAAAAAUAAAUGGAAAUGAGAAGAAAUUACAUAUGAGGAAGCGGUCCAGGCCAGCUGGUCCCGACUCACUCUCUCUUACGGGAGGUCUCCGGUUCGAAACUCAAUGGAGUAAAUUUCAGCCUAGAUUAUUCCAGGCUCCCCCAGCCCCCUCCCCCAGACGCCCCCUGGAGGUUGUAAAUCACGGUGACUCAAUCAGUUCUAAUGCUGAUACACCUUAUACAUAUGCACAACAGAGGUCCAUUCCAUGCCAGCACCUACACAUGAGCGUUGACAU